AUGGAGGAGGACUUAGAAGUGUUCCAGGAACAAGCUGUGACUAAAGCUUCUCUAUGUGAAGCUGAACUUCAGGAAUUAGUGCAUCAAAUUGACAUCAUGGUAAAUAGAAAGCAAGUAGAAUGGGAAGGAAAGAUGAGAGCUUUGGAAGCAAAGAUGGAUAUCCAGGAUCAAGAAUUAGCAAGUGCCCAAAGCAAACUGGAUCAAAAAGGUCAAGAGGUGGGACUACUUCAACAAGAAUUGGAAAACUUACAGAAAACUAAAAAUGAAAUGGCUCAGAGUUAUGAAACUCAGCUUCAAGCACUGAAAUCUCAAUUUUCAAAGUUGAUACAUAGCUAUGAAAAGCUACAGUCAUACCAGCUCAAACAAAAAAAGCUCGAAAGUAGAGAAAAAUGUGAGGAAAAUCUGGAGGCAUCAUCUAACCCAAGGAAUUUAUAUGUGAAACUGGAGGGAUUUAAGGCAAAAUCACAAGAAUGGGAGAAGAACAGGACAACCUGUGUAAAUAACCCUGUUUAUGGAGAUAUGCAACAAAAAUUAUUGCCUGAGAAAUGUAAUUUAUUUCAGAGGCAGAGCCAGAAUUAUCAACUCCAAAUAUGCAAUAAGAAACAAGACCAGGAAGAGCUAAUUACCUAUACCCAGCCCAAAAGUGAAAAUGAUGAUUUGAUUAUUGAAAAGCUAAAGGCAAUUGUGAAUGAAAUAGCAAGAAACAAGAAUAAACUGGUAGAGGAAAAUGUGAAACUCCGCGAGGAUCUAAAAAUUUACCAAAAUCAAUGCCAGAACAUGGAGGCAGAUAUCUCAGACAUGAGAAAUGAGCUUCAAUCAAGGGAUGGUCUCUGGAGAAGGAUACAACUGGAAUGUCAAAAGUUGUAUACAGAAUUAUUGAAAAUCAAGGAGUACAAAGAUAUACAGGAAAUUCAAAUAAAGCAUCAAUCAUCUCAUGUUCAGCUUACUGAGCAACUAGAAAAUAAAACCCCUGAGUUAUUGCUAUUUGCAGAAAGUCAAGAAUGCCAAGAAGAAGAGCUGAACAAGAUAAGAAACCAUGUUUAUCGAGAGGAGCAGUCCCAUUGCUCUGAGCAGGAAAGAAUGAAGACAGAAAUCUCUGACCUGACAGAGGAGCUUCAUCAGAAGGAGAUCACUAUAGCAACUAUCAUGGAGAAAGCUACUCUUCUGGAAAGACAGUUAAAAAUGGAAUUAGAGACAAAACAUAAAUUGUUAACAAAACAGCAGUUGUUGGAAUUCCAUUACCAAGUUAUCAAAUCUGAAAACACACAUCUAAAAGAAAUGAUGGAAAACCAGGAAUGUGAAAGUUGCAUGUGUAUAGAUUUAUGUAACAAAGAACAUGGAAAUUUCACAGCUUCUGUUCACAAAAUGAAGCAUGAGAAUUUAAGACUACAAAAUAGCCUUGUUAAACCACAAAAUGACACAGGAACAUCUAUACUGAGUUGCAUGGAUGCAUGCAGAGAAACAGAGCACAGCUGCCAAACCCAUUCAAAGAUGCAAGAAAAGGAAGAGAGAGGCCAUGAAAAGAAAAUAGAUUCUAAAUCUCCCUUACCACCAGUGGGGUAUCCUUUGGGCCUUCCUGGGCCAUUUCCUGAAGUGACCAGAACAGGCAGCUUUCAGAGCCCUGCUGCGGAAGAAAUCAAAUUAUCGGAGCCCUAUACAUCAGGAAGCCUCUCUCACUCAAGAAGGAUGUCUCCCCCUGAGAUGUCUUUCCUUGCAACAGCAGAAAAGUUCCUUCAAGAGGAAGAGAAACACGCCAGAGAAUUUGAAGAACGUUUAAAUUCACACCUUGAAGAGCUGCAAAGAUAUUCUGAAAAUACUCUAAAAAAAUAUGCCAGGAUGCAGCAAAGCAGGCAUACUUAA